AUGAUUGAUACUGGUUGUGAAUUAAAUUUAAUUAAAUAUGGGAAAAUAAAUCCAAACACCUGGAUUGAUCGCAGUGAAAUCCUAAAAUUAACGGGUAUCACAGCGGAAUUUGUUUUUACGUUGGGAAAAAUGGAAACGGAAUUUUUUGGUAUUCCGAUUACAUUCCAUUUAGUUCCCAAUGAAUUUCCGAUAAGAAGAAACGGAAUUUUAGGAUCCAAAUUUUUAAAAGAUAAUCACAUAGACGUAUUAUAUUCUCAAGGUUGUUUAAAAGUACAGGGGAAUAGAAUAAAUUUUGAGCGUGAGGAGACUAUUGUUGUACCUGCACGCACGAAGUCGGGAUUUUACGUUCGAGUUGCGAAUCCGGAAAUUGAAACAGGAUACGUAGGAAGACUCAGGAUUCAAAAAGGAAUUUAUUUGGGUGAAGCAGUUGUCACCAAUCGAUGUGGAAGAGCGUAUAUGUAUAUUGUUAACUCGACUCCUAACGAAGUUGAAAUAGCUAUACCAGUGGUAACGUUAGAACCGUAUCAAGAAAUAGAUUAUUUUAAUGCUUUUGUUAAAUAUGAAGAAUUAUUUGACGGUAGGAAAACCGUUUGUGUUGACGGCGAGGAUGCCGUUCGUGUUUCUGAAAAUAAUAAAAAAGCCUGCUUGGCUCUAGUUGACGGCGAGGAUGCCGAUUAUGUUCCUGAAAAUGCCUGUGUGGCUCUAGUUAGCGGCGAGGAUGCCGUAUGUGUUAAAAAGGUUAAACUAAGUGUUUCUCAAGGGAAUAGAAAUGCCCGUUCGGUUUCUAAUUACGAGAGGAAAGCUAUUAUUAAUUCUCCACAGGAUAAAAGAGUCAAUGUAUCCGUACGCGAUGAAAAGAAAAAUGUUCGUGAUAUUAAUACUGAAGAAAAAAUAAAUGAUAAUAAUACUGAAGAAAAUACAAGUGAAAAAAUAAAUGAUAAUAAUGUUGAAGAAAAUACAAGUGAUAAUAAUGUUGAAGAAAAUAAUUGUGAAUUUCAAGAAAAGAAAAAUGUUCGUGAUACUGAAGAAAAUAUAAGUGAUAAUAAUGUUGAAGAAAAUACAAAAAAGAAAAAUGUUUGUGAUAUUAAUACUGAAGAAAAUAUAAAUGAUAAUAAUACUGAAGAAAAUACAAGUGAUAAUAAUGUUGAAGAAAAUAAUUGUGAAUUUCAAGAAAAGAAAAAUAAUUGUGAUAUUGAAGAAAUUGAUACUGAAGAAAAUAAUUGUGAAUUUAAAAGGAAUAAAAAUGUUUAUGAUUUUGAAGAAAUUAAUAUUGAAAGGAAUAAAAGUUAUCGUCGUUUUAAUCCCGAUCCUGGGAUCAGGAAAACCAAUGGAAGCAAUCGUGAAAUUAAGGAAAACAAAACUACGUGUGAUUUUGAUUUGAAUAAAAAUAAAGAUAUACGUCAAGGAAAUAAAGUUAAUUGUGAUUUUGAUAAAAAUAAUGGUGAUUUCAAUUAUAAAAAAAUUAGUGAACAAAAUAGUACUGUGUAUGUUAUCAAUAAUUAUCAAGAAAAUAAAAGGAUGCUAGACAACUCGGAGGAUCCUGAAGAAUCAAGGAAAGAAGAAUCAAUUGAAGAAGGAAGUGAAGCAGAUUUUAAUGAUAAUUGUUGUAAUUUUGAUGAUAAUGAGGAUUGCAUUAAUUUUAAAAUAAAUGGGUAUUGUGAGUGUAGAGGUCGAAAGAAAUGUAAGAUGAAAAAUAAUAAUAAUAGUAACGAAGAUAACAGUCAUGUGAGUGGCCAUGGCAGCAAGGUCAACAUACGGGGCGAUAACACUAAUUCUAACGACGAUGCCAACGCAGGAGAUAAAACAAGUAGCAUUGUAUACACACAACUGGAAGAUGAUUGUGGUAGGCAAGUUGAUAAUAAAUAUUCAUUAAAUCGAAAAAAAGAGCGGGUGAAACAAAUUAUACAGCUUUUAAGACAUAGUCACAUGAAUGAGGAAGAGAAGGAGAGCAUUAUUGAACAUAUUAAAACUUAUCAUGAUAGCUACUUUUUACCUGGAGACAAGCUGGGUUGUACGAAUGUAUUAACACAUAAAAUCAGGACUAUAGAUGAUGUACCAGUAUUUACACGUCAGUAUCGCUACCCACAAACUUUAAGAGGGGAAAUAAAUCAACAAGCUAAGGAGUUAGAAGAACAAGGAAUCAUUGUGCCUUCAAUUUCACCGUAUAAUACUGCCGUAUGGAUUGUACCAAAGAAACCAGACUCACAAGGAAACAAGAAAUAUAGAUUGGUAUUGGACUUCAGACCUUUAAAUGAAAAAACUAUCGGUGAUGCUCAACCACUACCUCUAAUAACUGAGAUUUUAGAACAAUUAGGUGGAGCAAUUUAUUUUUCUACACUAGAUUUGAAAUCUGGUUAUCACCAAGUGGAAGUAGACCCAGCUGAUCGCCAUAAGACAGCUUUCUCAACUGCGUUUGGACAUUUUGAAUUUUCACGUAUGCCAUUCGGACUUAAAACUGCACCUGCUACCUUUCAGCGAAUAAUGAAUAUUGUUUUAUCGGGUUUACAAGGAAUAGAAGUAUUUGUUUAUUUAGAUGAUAUUGUGAUCUAUGCAAGUUCAUUGGAAGAACACUCUUUAAAAUUGGAACGAGUUAUGAAACGACUUAAGGAUGCGAAUUUAAAACUUCAACCGGAUAAGUGCGAAUUUUUACGAAGGGAGGUCAUCUAUUUGGGUCAUAUUAUAUCAGCUGAGGGAGUACGACCUGAUCCAGCUAAGGUAACGGCAGUCAAGAAUUUUCCUCGUCCACGAACUCAAAAGAAUAUACGCCAAUUCUUAGGACUUGCAGGAUACUACCGCCGAUUUAUUCAUCGUUUUUCACAAAUUGCAAAACCUUUAACAAAUUUAUUAAAAAAGUCAAUGACCUUCGAAUGGGGCAGGAGUCAACAAGAAGCUUUUGAAAUUUUACGAGACAAACUAUGCGAAGAGCCAGUAUUACAAUACCCUGACCAGUCACAGCCUUUUGUGGUUACAACUGAUGCAUCAGGUAUUGCAAUAGCUGGAAUACUAAGUCAAGGGCCUAUCGGGAAGGAUCGCCCAGUAGAAUAUACAUCUCGCGUUCUAAAUGAUAACGAACAAAAAUACAGUACUUACGAAAAAGAAGCACUAGCAAUAUUACAUUCAGUAUCUCAAUUUCGUUCAUAUCUUUAUGGACGGCCUUUUAAAUUAGUUACGGAUCAUAAACCCUUGGUCUGGAUGCAAACAGCGAAAGAUCCAACUUCACGUUUAACCAGAUGGAGGUUAAAACUACAAGAAUAUCAAUUCGAAGUGAUCUAUAAAGCUGGAAAAACGAAUGUUAAUGCCGACGCAUUAUCCAGGAAUCCACCAUCCUUACAAAUUGAAGAAAUCGGAAAUGAGAAAGAGCUGAGUGAAGAUUUAAAAACACAAAUAUUGAUAAUAACUAGAGCUCAAGCCGCAAGAGCCAAGGCCGAAGAAAUGGAAGCACCUCAACCAUCCACAUCAUACAAUGCUCCUGUUGCAACAAGAACACGAAGACAAUCAAUGAUCCCGCAAAAAGAACCUAAGGAAAUAAAAGAAGAUGACGAUUCAACGGAGGAUGACGAAAAAUCAGAUGACUGGGCACUUGUAAAUGCAAAUGUAAGGGAUACACGAAAGUCAGAAUCCAAGGGCCAACUAUUUCAUUGGGAAAAUAAUGAUGAUAGCGGUUCAGAAAACUUCGAGGACUUAGAGUUAGGAGACGACGAAGAAGAGGAUGAUCCUAUGAUUGACGAUGAGGAUGAACCACCGGAUUUGAAACGAAACCGAUCAGGAGCACCACGACGAGUAGUAGAAACUCGAGAUCAGAUAUAUAUGCAGAAAAACAAUUAUCUUUAUUUUUUGAAUGAAAAAGGAGAACCAUGUGACGAAGGCUCUCGGAGAAUGCAUGAAAAAUCGUUACUACCACGUUUUAAGAAAUUACAACCAUCUUUUUAUAUCCUUUAUUAUAUUAUUUUUUUUAUUAUUAUCACCAUACGUAUCAAAACUAACUCGCACAAUUUAGUAAGAAUUUCUUUUGCCAGACGAAGUAACGAAAAAUUGAGUCAAGAGCAGGAUUGGUACAAGUGGUCAUCACAAUGGCUUCACCAAACAGUAUUCUAUGCAUGGACGCAUCCGUUGAACUGGACACCAAGGCUAUAAGAGGCUUACUAAUAACUAAUUAUUCCAAUUUAUCACCCACACCACGUUAUCCUCACUACCGUUUAGAAUCUGAUCGCUUAGCCAGUUUUCAAGGAUGGUCAGUGCCCUACAUCACAUCUGAUGACAUGUCUAAAAGUGGAUUUUUCUACACCGGUGAAGGAGAUAAGGUUGUAUGUUUCCACUGCGGGGUUACUGUAUGCAACUUCCAAAGUUCUGUUGACUCGGAAUAUUUUCAUCUACAAUAUCAACCCAACUGUCAUUUUGUAAGGGAAAAUUUCUUUUCUGGAGUCAACCUGUAAUCAAGAACCAAUAAGAAUCCUUUUGACUAUUAGUCUUUUUUUUUACUAAUCAACUAAUAAAACAUAGAUAAGGAAAUUAAGGUAAAACGUUUAAGGAAACCCUAAUUGUUUUUUGUAUGACCUUUUCCACAGAACUAAACGCACUAAGUAUUUCUACAAUAAUGACUUAUCUUGACUACUACGACUUAAUGCAACCAAACCAAGAGUUCGGGUAAAAUCAAAAAAAAAAAUAUUUAACAAAAAAAUAAUAUUUAAUCAACAAAAAAAAACACAGAGUUGGAAAAAAAAAAAUAAAUAAAUAAAUAAAAUAAAAUAAAUAAAUAAAAAUAAAAAUUUCUAUUUGAAUUAAUCAAAAUAAAAAAAAAAAAAAAAAAAAAUUUUUACAUCUAAUCAAACCAAAACAAAGGGGUUCAAUAUAUUUUCUAUUCUAAUCAACCGAAAUAUAUAAUAAAAAAAAAAAAAUAUAUAAAAAAAAAAAAAAAAAAAAAAACAUCCGAGAAUUUUGUAACAGUUUUAAAAUGAUUAUUAUUUCAUUGUGUAACAAUUGUGAAGCAAAAACCAUAGAAACUUCACACGAGUAUUUUUUUUUCUAUUAUUUUUGUUAUUUAAAAUUAUUAUGUAGUUCUUUUCAAAACAAAAAAAAAAUCAAUCUUCCAUGACUAGAUAUCAAGGGACUAAUGUAAUCCAACAAUAUUAUCACUGUCUUAAUCAUUUGUAAUCUUUUAUAGUAUGCUAGUGUAUUUUCGAGGCCUCACUGGGUGUAGAAAUCUUAAAACAUUAAUGAGAGAAACCCAUAUCAGGUGUUACCAGCCACAGGGCACCGUUGCUAGUACCCUGGAACCAGACAACAACUCAAAAUUGGAAAGAACAUAAUCAUUAACAUAAGGCCUAACCAGGAUCUGGAAUCGAUGACCAGUGCUGACCAGGAAACCAUGUCAAUACGUUACAUUACUUGAACAAAGACAAGUUGAAUUAAAGUACAAGAAUACUAAUUACAUGAUAAUCACUAUACAACAGAAUAUCUGUAAGUUUUGUAAAAUUCUUUUUUUUUCGAAUAAUUAUAUGUCAAGACCAUGAUGAGAUAACAGUGCAAAAAAAAAUAUAUUUAAUGUUGUUACUAGUAUUAUUGUUCACUCAUUCUGGUCACAUACCGUAAUCUUGUAGUAGUAUAUAGGAAGAUUGAUUAACAAUAACCAUACAAAAUAAAUGUAAUAACCAAUGUACAGUUGGAUACCAGAUUGGCAAAAGGAAUUCGCGUCGCGAUCAUUAGACCCCGACGCUCAUUUUUACGUAGGGAGGUAUGUUACGGCGUAACAUGUCAAAUUCCAGAAACAACUAAAGAUUUAAUAAUUAACAAAAAAAAAUAAUAAUAAAAGAGUAUAUUAUAUAUUCAAGGUCAGAUGAUUGUUGAGACUGUUGAUGUGAAACAAAAAAAAAAACGAGAACUCAGAUAAAAUAAGAAAAAAACAAAUUAAAAAUUGGAGACGCAAUAUUCUAACGUACUGACGAGAAAAAUAAAUAGGAUAAUCAUUCAUAAUCUACAUAUCAUGAAACCACUAUAACAUACCGCGACAGGAAAUAUAAAUAAUAAUUUUGACGUUCUACAGAUAAUAAACCUCAUAGCCACCUAUUCAUAACAUGAGAGAAUUAUAAUAGUCCAGCGGGUAACGACAAAAAACGCGAGAUUAGGAUAAAAGCUUAUAUACCGACUGGCUAACCGGCAUAGAUCAGUCAGGGAAUCUACUAUUUCGUUCCCAUUAUCUUUCACUAACACAUAUGUAGGAAUAUAGCUUUGCCUCUAAUAACUCAACUAAGUGUUGUAUUCGACGCUUGCGCUUUCGCGGUCUUCUCUCUUGACGCGUGCCAUCAUUAUAAAAUCUCCUUAUUUGGGGAUACGUGCUGCUUGACCCAUCUUCUACCGCCCCUCCGUAAGAUGUAUCCCUCCGCUUCACAUUAACACAUAUGACAUUAUCCCAAAUUUCCACUUGGAAUAACUCGGUAAAUAAUUGAAAUAAUUACAACCUAAAAACGCCAUAAUAGUCCGCAUUUUUACCUAAAUUCACUGAACCAAGAAUAAAAUAAAUCUUUUCCAUAAUUAUCCCAUAAUAAUUACAAAUGUCAUGAAGCUCCUUUAUACUAGUUCUAUGAAGACUAGCCUCACGCCCCUCUACGUAAUGUAUCCCUCCGCUUCUCACUAACACAUAUGAAAUUAUUACGAAUUACCACUUUGAAUAAAUCGAUAAAUAAUUGAAAUAAUUAUAAACUAAAAAUGUCAUCGUGACCCGAAUUUCCACCUUAAUUAAUUAAACCAAGAAUAAUAUAAAAAUUAUUCAUAACUAACCCAUAAUAAUUAAAAAUAUGAAUAACAUCUACACCAAUAGUGAUAAAAAGAAAUAAUUAUAAUCAAUCGAAAGAUAAUAAUAAGGAGAUUAAUAAUCAAUAAACAGCUAUGCUUCAAAUCUAAUUAAUAAUCCGUAAUUAAUAAUUUAAAAUAGUCCCUAUCUAAUAACGUGGGGAACGGGUGUAUUAUUCUUGGUGGGGACAUUGUUCUAGAAGCUUCUACCCGAAAUGGUCACGUACGCCUUUAUCCCACACCACGCCCCGCAAUUCGUCAAAUCUUCCAAAUAACAUUAGUUUUUGGUAACAAAUCUCAAAUCAAGGUCGCGCGUGUUACCCCUCGCCUAGGAAUGCGCCUAUAAAAGCUGCCGCGAAUCAGUCCUCUGCGCCCAUUAAUUAUCAAGCUCUUGAUUACGCGAAACCUUAAUAUUUUAAAUAUCGAAUUUCUAUUUCUUGCUCGAGUCGUUAUAAUAUUAAAUUCAGAGUUUAUACAAUUUAAGUAGAAUCAUUUUAAUUAAAAAUAAAUUCGAUUUUUAAUUCUUUUAUUCAAUAUUAUAAAUAAUUUAAAUAAUAAAAUUAUUCCUAUUGAAUAUUAUUGCUGCUUCAAUUUUUAUUAUUCACAUUUAAAUAAAGUUUCGUCAUAUUAAAAAGUAUAUUCAGACAGAUUGUCAAUUACCCAGUAUAAGUACCCCCUUUUGCUCAUUCACAUCAACAAGUAUCAACUUUCAAGAACCGUAACCAACCAUCAAGCCACCUGACAACAUCUCAUCUUAAAUCGAAUUUCAAUCAACAACAAUUUCAAACGAGUCGAAUUCUAAUCAACGAUCUGGUCUCCAGCUCAGCCAAAAUCUUGUAUCCUGACAUAUUGUUAUAUUGAAUAAACCAACUAAAACCCAUACUUAUAAUCAGAAGCGUCAUUUAAAAUCUUGCCAUCGGGAGAUUUUCGAUGAAUAUCAGAUCCACCUUGACAGUGAAUCACUGUCAUCAACUGAUGCUGAAAACGAUCCUAAAACGGACCUUAAACGUCUAACGAACGUCCAGUUAAACGAAAAAAUUAUCAUGACAGCAAUGUUAAAGUUUGUAACUAUUGACGGCCGGCCAUUUUCAAUCAUCAACGAUGAAGGAAUGAGAAGGAUUCUGGAUCCCAUCCUAUUAAGAUUACCAGAAAAAUUAAUUAUAACAGAAGAAACAAUGAAAGACGAUGUUUUUGUUGCUGCUGAAAAAAUCAAGAAGAAAGUCCAGGAUGAAGUAAUAGACAACAAAUUAAUCAGUCUGAAAGUUGACAUUGCCUCGCGAAUGGGUCGAUCAUUUUUAGGGGUUAAUAUUCAAUUUAAUAAAAGUGGAAAAAUACAUAUCAGAACUUUAGCAGUAGAAGAAAUUACAGACAAGCAUUCUGGCGAAAAUUAAAAAAAAUUAAUUUUGAACAUAUUUGCGAUGUACAAUAUCAGUGUUUCCAAUAUAUAUUCUUUUAUGUCCGAUAACGGAACUAAUAUGAUUAAGCUUUCUGAGUUAUUAGCGAUCAAUUCACAAUCAGAAAACCUGGAAUCGUUAAUUGUCGAAAAUAUUCGCAGUGCAUCUGUAGACAGUAUCGAUGCUAACAUUAAUACUGCUGAUCAUCAAAAUCAAGAAGAUGCAACUGAAGAUAUCACAUUUAUGGAUACCACGGAAAGCAAUAAAGAAAGCUUGCAAACUGAUUCAUUGGAGCUUGAACUUGAGGAUGCUAUAGAAAAUUUUGAAGAAAGUUUAAAGCUCGUCAGUAUUCGUUGUGCGGCUCAUACACUGCAACUUGCGAUCCAAAAAGCUAUUAAUGUGUCAAAAAUACAGCCAACAUUAUCGAAAGCAAGAAAUGCAGUAAAAAUUUUCAGGGUAGAUUCUACCAUGAAUGAAAUUCGACGGUUACGUCCAGCUGCAUCGAAACCAGUCCUCGACCCGCCAACUCGUUGGCAAUCUACUCAUGACAUGUUAUCGUCAUUAUUAAAAUUAGAAGAUUUGAAAUGCCAUGUUCCUCAAUUGUCGACAAAUGAUUGGAAUCAUAUAAAACAAUAUGUGACUGCAUUAAAGCCAGCUAAGAGUGCCACCUUACAACUUCAAAAAGAGCAGUUGACGUUACCUGAAUUUUAUUCAAUAUGGCUGAUGUGUUUGGAGGAAACUGAACAAAUUCAAUUCAUUGUCAAAAAAUAUUGUAAAGUACAUGAAGAUUAAACAAGAUGAGCUUUUUAAAAAUGAAGUGCUUCUAGCUAGUGUUUUUUUAGACCCUGUCUGCAAUGCUUCAUUAAAUAAUGAUCAAAAAAUAAAAGCUAUUGAUCAUCUAACUCAACUUUGGAAGAAAUUAAAUGAAAAAAAAGUGAGUAGCGAGGCUCAACAAGGUACAUCAAUUGUGGAUCAAGAACAAAUGAAUGAUCCAACUCCAUCUGCGGCCAUUCCGGCUUCAAUUAUGGCAGCGCUAAAAGCUAGGAACAAGGCCAAAAUUGAGAAUAUUAGUGACAUUGAUAUAAGUCAAUUGUUAUCAAAUUUUAUUAAACAGCAAGAAAGAAGCCUGGGAAUGGAACUAUUACAGUACUGGGAAUCGAAGAAAAUAUUAAUGCCAGAGUUAUAUAGCUUAGCAAAAAUCGUUUUGGCAACGCCAGCCACGCAAGCUACUGUCGAAAGAUUAUUUUCUGGAUUAAAAUACAUUUUCUCAGACCUACGUAGUAGAUUAAAGUCCAACUUAUUGAAUUCCAUAAUGAUUGUUAGAACAAAUUAUAAAAAUAUUUAUGAAGAUUGUUAGAACAAAUUAUAAAAAUAUGUAUUUAUGAAGGCUGUAAAUAAUAAAUAUGAAUA